GGAGGGAGGGAAGGAUACAGAGAGAGAGAGAGAGAGAGAGGAGGAGGUUCAACAAUAGACGGAGCGCACUUUCAGUUCAACUCAGUUUGGAACAGAUAGUGAGCAGUGCAGCUCCAUCACACAGCUACUGAACACACUCAUCUGUCUUCAACGGGACAACUCCUACACUUCAAGGUUUAAUCUGAACCAUAGUGGACUGAGAGAAGGUCCAUCAGAGGUUUAGGCUCUCUAGUGCUGAGUGGAAGUGAGUGCACUGCUGUGCAGCUCGGUGCCUGGAUGCCGGUGGACGUGGUGAUCGCUCCUCCGCUGUGGACAGACAUGCACGAGAGCGAGAUGAAGCUGAAGAUGCGAGUGCGGCGCAUCAAGGAUGGACGCGACCUCCGAGGAGGCUUUGCAGCCUUCUCUUCAUGCUUCCCGGAUGUCUGUGAGAGUAAGCCGCCACCUUAUCUUCCCCUCAGUCUGUCUCAGCCGUGCCUACCCGUAGCUAACCUGGGUCCGACUCGAAUACUGCCUCACCUCUACCUGGGCUCACAGAAAGAUGUCCUUAAUAAGGAACUGAUGGCGCAGAAUGGGAUCACUUAUGUCCUGAAUGCCAGCAACACCUGUCCAAAGCCAGAUUUCAUCAGCGAGAACCACUUCCUGCGCAUUCCCGUCAAUGACAGCUAUUGUGAAAAGCUGCUGCCCUGGCUGGAGAAAACCAACGAAUUCAUUGACAAAGCUAAAGUGUCAAACUGUAGAGUCAUCGUCCACUGUCUGGCUGGAAUUUCUCGAUCUGCAACCAUUGCCAUUGCUUACAUAAUGAAAACCAUGGGGUUGUCAUCUGAUGAUGCCUACAGGUUUGUGAAAGAUCGUCGACCCUCGAUAUCUCCUAACUUCAACUUCCUUGGGCAACUCCUGGAGUUUGAGCGAGACUUAAAGCUCAAGACGCCCUUAACCUGCAACCCUCUGAGGUCAACAACUCACCAUCCUGAGGUGAUAGAGGUCAACACAGAGACUGUAGAACAGAGCAAAGAGAAAAGCCAUUCUCAUCAAAGAAUGCAGGAAACUAUGGUAUUAAAUGUCAAGCCACCAUCACCUACCUCACUACGAAAAGACCUCAGCAGCCUUCAUCUCUCCGCAGACCAAAUUCUCCACAACAACCAGCUCAAAUGUUCCUUCCAGCUCGACAUCAAGUCUGUCUACUCAUCAAACCAGCAUCUCCGAACCUCCCCUAAUAACUUGCAAUCAGACUCAGAAACCAUGCCCAUGCUUUUCAAACUUGACAGUCCAAAAAGCACCAGCAGUAUGUGUUCGUAUUCUCCAUCCCAAGAAAGCCCAAGGAGCCCCAAGCCAGAGUUGUGGCGAUCAUCAGUAAGAGAAUCUACACAGAAAGACAGUGGCACCUUUGAGAGGUUAUCGACCACAACUCUAUCUCUUAACCUCAACCUGAAUCGGCAAGUUCCAGUUGUUCAGGAUCCUGUUCAUAAGGCCAACGUCAAGUCGUCUUCAUUCCUCAGCUUGCCCCUGACUACAUCUUCUGUUUGGACCAAGCACAGAGGAGUGACUCAAGCCACGACGCCUGGCACACCCACUGAAGACCACCCGUGGUUCUUCAACUCAGAUCUGGACUCUUCAGGGUCAGGUUCUGGGAGUGCUGUGAGGUUUGGAAGUGCUCCCAGCUCCGGUGUGAUUCAAGUGGAGACACAGUUCAAACGAAGAAGCUGCCAGAUGGAGUUUGAGGAGACCAUCAGUACAACAAGAAGCAGUGAGGACUUUGGAAAGCUUGGGAAGCAGUCUAGCUUUUCAGGCAGUAUGGAGGUCAUUAAGGUGUUAUGACAGAGAGCCUGAACUUACAUUGGUCAUAUUAAAGCCUCUCUUGAUUAAGAGAUUAAGAAAGAGGACAGAUAAUUUAUUACAGAGAUUUAUUUGCAAAAAUCUGUACAGAGAGGUCAGUGUUUGGAGGUGAAUCUCAGAAAGGACAUGUUGCAUGCAUACUUGCAUGCGUACAUUAGCCCAUGCAUUAUGUACUCCAAAGGACAGUAGACCUGAAGGCCUGAGCUCACCCUAUUGUUAUGAUAGAAAUGAAGGAUGGAUGACAUAAGCCAUACACCAAAGAAUAAAUAUGCCUGAGGUACCCUUCACUUGAAGGAUACAUAGUAUGAACUAUUUAUGUUACAGCAUGGCUAUUAAAAAUACAAGUGAAUGGGCUAUUUACAUAGCGCUGGAUCAUUUAUGACCGAGAACAAGGUUGAGGUAAAAUAUUUGCUGUAUUAUAUUUAGGCUCCGUUGGAAAACGACCUUUAAUAUUGUCAGUGGUGUUACCAACUGCCUCUGUGAUUUAAUAUUAGUUUGUGAAAGUAGACCGCAUGUGUUGAGCGGAGAUGAACUCUCAGCUGUACUACUGUGCACUGGGCAUGCUCAGAAAUGACUGGCUACCUACAGACAGACAAGCUGCAUCCUAGCAGUACAAAGCUUUAUGUGUAUCCAGAAGUACUUGCAUAUGUAUAUAUAUAUAUAUAUAUAUAUAUAUAUAUAUAUAUAUAUAUAUAUAUAUAUAUAUAUGAAUGUAUAUAUAUAUAUAAACAUCAAUUUCAACUGAGUAUUUAAUGUUUCAUGCAUUGUUGUUUUAACUUAUUGUAUCGGUUUCAUUCUGGUAAUGAGCAAUAAUAUAAUAUUUGAAGACUUC